UAGCUGCGCAGUGAGGCACGUUUUCCUCGUGCAGCAGCAUGGACUGUUAGUUGUGGUUGUGUGAGGAGAUGUCUGUGGAGAUGGUGGAGCUCUCAGUCAAAGCCUCAGAACCGGUCCGGCCGACCGGGAUCCUGCAGCAGAACCGCGUCUUCCUCGACUUCUUCUGGGACUUGGCCAAACCGGAUCAGGAGGUCCGGCUGAAGGCGGUGGAAAACCUCAUCCAGUACCUGAAAACUAACAACAAGGCAGAUGACUUGGAGUACACCUUUAAAAGGCUGGUGGAUGGACUGGCACACACACGUGAGACUGCGAGACCUGGAUUCAGCCUGGCUCUGGGACAGGUCUUGAGUGCCUUUGAGGACGUCUCUCUGCAGAGUAUACUGGACAGAAUCAAGGAAAAGCACAACUUACAGACAGUGAAAAAGAAACUUGUCAGAAAUGCUAUGUUUGGAAACCUGUUUGGCGUCCUCGCCCUUCAUCAGUCCAGCCGCCUCUCUAAAGAGCCACAGGUGGUGUUGGGAUGUGUACAGCUCCUCCAGAGCCUCAGCCAGCACAGACAGCACCUGAAGGACCUGCCCUCUAAGACCAUGACGGACAUCCUCAACGAGAUCCCGGAGGAGGUGUUUGAGGAGGUGCUGCUCAGCGCUCUGCAGACUGACCUGGCAUCAGCCUUCAACACUCCAGAGCAGAUGCAGCUGCUGCUUGUCGCGCUGCAGCGCUUCCCACAAACCCUCAAACCCAAGAAACUCAAGAAGCUGCUGGGCUCCUCGACCAUCAUCAACGCCGACAACAUCCCAAAGCUGACAGAGGUUUUAAAGAUGGCGGCACGUUCGGUGAAGAAGGAGUGCGUCCUCCCUGCGGUGGUCCUCGACCUUCUGAAGCUUUCUCUGAAGGAAGACAGCUUCCAGCUCUUCUGGAAUAAAGCCAUCAUCGACGGCAUGUUGAAGGAGCAGCCGGGGCCAACACAUUACCUGAGCUACCGUCUGCUGGGCAGUGCCCUGCCUCAUCUGUCUGUAGCCCAGCUGAAGGAGGUGUUGUCUGGAGAGGUGAUGAUGCACUACGGGGAGCAUGUGGUGUCUGCACAGAAACCGGACCGCUUCAAGCUGGCUCCUGAGAUGGACGUCUACGUGUCGGACUUCUUGCAGGGCUGUCAGGACUCAGACAAGCAGCUGGCAGUGAUGGUGGGCUUCUCCUCGCUGACCAACCAGGGUUACCCCGUGGUGCCGUCGGUGUGGAGGGUGGUGCAGCACCUCCAGCCCGCGGCUCUGCAGAGCUACGUGGAGUGGCUGAAGGACACGUUCCUGCAGCCUCAGCUGGACAAGCUGCUGGACUUCAGCACUCGCAAGCAGAAAGACAGUCAGGAGGGGCGCGAGCAGAAGGAGAACUCCGUUUUCCGCCUGAGGAAGUGGAUUGUUGCUCGGCUCACCUCAAUCAUCGACAACCACCAGGUGAAGAAGCAGGAGGAUCUCAUCAUGGAUGUGGCCAGGUUCAUCUUUUUCCACGCUUUCUUCAGCGCCAAGAAGGCCACGGCCGACAUCCCGGAGACGAAGGGGAAGCUUUCCGUCCCGCUGGAUGAUAAAACCAGAGGAGUGCUUGUCAGUUCUUUCUUUGGACUCCUCCUGGCCAUGCACCACCUGCCGCUCGCUGAGGACUUGGCCGAAGGCGCCGCCGUCAACCAAAAGCGGGCGUUGGGUGUGACCGCCGACGGCACCAUGUGGAUCUACCACCUGGUCCAGUACGCCCAAGUCCUGCUCAGCCAGACGAAAUACGUCCAGAGCAGCCAGCCUUUCAGUCCUGAGCAGAGACAGGCCUGGGAUGGCAUGCUGGAGUCGGUGGCAAACCUGAAGAGGAAAGCAAAGAAAGGCCAGACAGCAGAGAGCAACGUGUUCCAGCAGCUCUUCCUGUUGGUCGGCAUGCACCUCUUCAAGGCCCCUGAGGAGCUUGUGGACAUCAUGAAAGACCUGCAGAGCUGUGUGGACAAAGCCCAGGAGAAGAAAUCCAAGAAGAAAAAAAAGAAGCAAGGCACAGAGCAGGAGGAGGAACCUGAGUGGGUGGAGGUAAUGGUGGACAUCUUGUUGUCCCUGCUGUCUCAGCCGAGCCGACACAUCCGACAGGUCUGCAAAACCGUCUUCUCCUCCAUCUGCCCCCAUGUUACUGCAGCAGCCCUCACCGCCAUCUUAGAUGUGUUGGACCCAGAGAAGGAUGACGAGGACAGCGCUGUGAUGGUCACUGAUGACAACAGCACCAACAAAGCCCAGAAGAAGAAGCCAGAGGAAGAAGAUGACGAGGAAGAUGAGGAAAUGGAGAAUGACACAUCAGCAGAUGAUGACUCUGAUGAGGAUGACGAAGCAAUGGAAGAGGAGGAUGAGGAGGAAGAGGAAGAGGAGGACGAGGAGGAGGAGGAGAUGGAACAUGAAGAGGUGGACCAAAAUUUCCGUUUGGAGCUGAUGAAGGUGUUGCAGCAGCAGAAUGCUCUGGCCACAGAGGAGGAUGGCAGCAGUGAUGAAGAUCUGGAUGAUGAAGCCAUGAUGGAGCUGGAUAAGGGCCUGGCAGCGCUGUUCUCAGAGCAGAAGAAAAAGACCCAGGCCAAGAGGGAUGAGAAGUCAAAGCUAAAGAAAGAGAAGGCGCUGGUCCGAGACUUUAAGAUCAAGGUGCUGGACCUCAUUGAGGUGUUCGUGGCCCGGCAGGCUGGCAGUCCCCUCGUGCUGGGUUUGGUGGAGCCGCUGCUCACCAUCAUCGACAGGGGAAUGAGCUCUGACAGCGACCAGCAGGAGCAGGACUUCCUCCGCCGCGCCGCAGACAUCUUCAGGAACCAGCUGUGUAGGUCAAAGGUUUACUGCAGGACCGCUGGGGACAGACAGGGGGAGCUCCACGACCUGCUGGAAAAACUGAUGACUAAAACCCAGAAACUGUCUGACUCCUCAGUCUGCCUCUACUACUUCAGUGCGUCUCUGUAUGUGGUGAAAGUGCUGCGAGGAGCUCCUCCUGCCGAGACCAAAGAGGAGCAGACGGCCGAGAAAGCAGCAAACGACUUGAGGUUCAUGGGGAAUGUGGAUUUGGACCGGGUCGCCACCAUCUUCAGAGAGGCUCUGAGCUCCUUCAUGAGCAGGAGGAAGAGCCCUCUGACUGCUCAGAUGUUCACAGACUUGUUCACCAGAUUCCCUGUUUUGUGUGUGAAUCUGUUGGAUACAGCAGUGCAGCACAUCAAAUCUGGGGUCAGGGAGCACCAACAGAGCCAAGCGUGUGUGUUGGUGUUGCGGGCGAUGCAGAGCAGGGAGGUUCAGCAGCUGCUGAGCGGCGCCCCAUGGACAGAGCUCUGUGCAAAGAUCGCUGGUCAGCUGGCGACGAGUCUCCAGCACGUUGGUCAAACUGAGAGCAAGGUGGCGAGGGAGAAGGUGGUGAAAACCCUGGAGCUCUGUCAGUUCCUGGUCAAGCACGUUCACCAGCAGAAGCUGUCGGUGGACCUGGAGCCUCUUCAGAAGGUGCUGCAGUCUCUGACCACUGUCAUCACUUUCAAGAAGACCGGCAAGCUGGAAGACACCUACUGGGCUGUGAUGAAACACUUUGGAGUCAUGAAACCCAAAGCUGAAAAGACAAAGUCUGACAAGGAAGCCGACCAGCAGCCAGUCUCCAAGAAGAAGAAAGGCUUCCUACCAGAAACCAAAAAGCGUAAAAAGCGCAAGAAGCCUGUUUUAGAGCCAGCAGCAGCAGACAGCUCAGCCCCCGAAGACAAACCAGGCGCAGACAAAGGACAGGCCAAAAAGAAACACGACAAGAAAGCCAAGCAGAAAAAACGGCCGGCCGACGGCACUGCGGCCUCUCAGCCCAGCCCGGCCAAGAAGAGCAAAACACAGUCUGACAGCAAGCCAGUGAAGAAGAAGAAGAAGAAAACCAAACAGAAGAAAGGAGGAGGGCAAGUGUAGAGUGGACGCUGCUAUUUUAAUGGACACAAAGAAGUUUUUCUUAAUUUCCUGUGUUUUUGUCUGUUAAAUUUUCUACUGUCCAUGCAGUUUGCUUGGCUGCCAGCUCUCUUCUGGCAAAGUGUUGGUAUUUUCAUUAUGAGAUGGUUCCAUAUUGAAAACUUCAGAUGUGUGUGAGGUGAAUUAAGACACAUUAUUUUUCUAAUGUGUGGCUAUUCAUUAAAAACAAUUUAUCCACAAAAAUAAAUUAAUAUCUCCUCCCAGAAAUCCA